GUAUUGACGGUAAAUCUUCGUCUACCAGCCUGGGAGCGACGGAUAAUCGUGGCAUCUGACAGAUCGCUAGGCGCAUCUUCCGCUACGGCUUCGGAAGUCGUUCUUGAGCCGCGCCAUUGGCGUCGGCUCCAUGGCGAGGCCAUCACCAUCGCGCUGCAGCAGCUGCGCGGGCUGCAAGG